AGCCAUACCAUUGGUUGUCGAGAAAAUAGGCGCGCAAGUACAGCCAAAGUAUCACGGAGCCAUUAAAUUCGUUUAAGUUCGACAGUUUUUGAACAGUUUCAAAGGACUGCUUUAAGAGCUGAAUUGAAUUCAAAGGUUAAUGUUUUUUGCUUAUGCAGUGAAUAAAUUUUACUAGAAGCAACGUGAAGAUUAGGAAGUCAAAUGCCAUCCACGCGAACUCGUACAGCAAAAGUGGAACAAUCUGUUACCACCAGAUCUAGGGCGCAAAAGAGAAAUAAUGUGACUGGAGAGGUGACUAAAUCGGCAGAGAAAAUUGGACAACGAAAGAGAAAAGGGAAGUCUUCUAGUGUUAAAGAAAAAUUGGAAAGUAAUAUUGAACAAAAUGUUAAAAAAGAUUCACUGGAUACGAGAAAAACAUUUAGCAAAUCUGUAAAGAAACAAGUUUCUCAUCGGAGACUUAAUUUAGAGACAGAACUUGAUGUUAAAUCUGUAGCACAAGAAAAUAAAAACACAGAUUUCAAGCAAUUAGUCACAGUAUCAAAUGACAGGCGUAGCAGUAAUAUCUCUAUGAGAGAAUUUGUCACAAAUGACAUUUCUCAAUCUAGUAUGUUGGGAUCUAUAAAUUCAAACAAAAAAUAUCGAAGAAAAAUGAUUGAAGCAGAUGUAAAAACAUCACCUAUUACAGUUACUCCUAAAAACACUCCUCCUAAGCUCAGUCUAACUCCUCACAGAUCCAAGAAAACACCAAAGAAAUCACCAAUUUCCUUAGGUUCUCCAAAGACCCAUUCCCUAGCUGUUCCAAAAUUACUUAAAAGUCCAAGAAAGUUGUCUCUCAUUGCUGUAUCUGAGGAGAAUACAAACAAGAUUGAUAAUGAAAAUAGGAAAUCACAAAGAACCAAAAAAGACGGGUUUAGCAAUAUUCCUAUAUCCAAUAAAAGUUUAUUACCAGUAGCAAAAAAUAAACACAAGAAGUCAAGUAUAAAUUUGAAAGCAAUUACAGGUAGAUUUUCGAAAUCUCCAAAAAUAGUAUUAAAGUCUCCAAAAUCGAAGAAAUCAAAAUCAUCGAAAUUGAAGUUGUUAUUUCCAUCUCAAGGUAGAAAAAGUUUGUUGAAGACUGUGUCUAUUGCAAAUACUAGUUUUAUGUCAGAUCUUGAUAAAGAAAAAAAUAUAUUAGCAAUGAAACAUCGAUUAUUAAAGAGGACAAGAUUAAAGAAUAUAUUGACAGCUUCACAAGUGAAAGAUGUAUUAACAGAACCCAUAGUGUUAUUGGAGAGGCUACCAUUUGAAAUUUUACAAAAUAUGCUAACAAUUGCUAGAGAGACUAAAUCAGAUACCAAAUCUUUAAUCAACACAGGGAGCAGCUUUAAGAAAUCAAUAUCGAGAACUCGAAUGAGAUCAGAUGUGUCUACUAAACGAAAUUCAAGCAUUAAUUUAAGGAAUAGUAAUGAAAGAUCUGUUAAUAAUGUAUCACUAAGAAUUAAACAUAACACAUCAAUACAAGAGAAAGACAGAUCCAUAUCCUUAAUGUCAUCCACUCCACGAGAGAGAAAAAAGUUGUCAAUGGACGUGAGCUUGAUAUCAAAUACAUCCAUUGUAUCUGCAGCUAAUACAUCUCGUAGCUCAAAACGGAGGAAUCAAUCAAAUGUGCAAUUGUGUAGCAUGAAUAAUAGUAAAACUAUUGAAAAUGUAUCUCAAUAUUCUCUAUUUGAUGUUAGUGAUAUUAGUCAGUCUCAUCUUUCAAAUGCCAUGGAAUGGGAUGUUAUUUUUGACAAAAAUUCUGUGAUGAUGCAAGGAAAUAAAACGAAUGAUACUUAUGAACUAGAACAGCCACAGACACUAAGUCUGCGACAGAUGAUUAGGAAACGUUCUUCAAUGGAUGCAAAUUUAAGCUCGAAAGAAGAUGUUAAGAGAGCUAAAGUACAUUUUGAAAAUCUGAUAUCUGACAAAAGUACGUGUAAGUCAACUAAUAAACCAACUAAAUCGCAGUCACAUAAUGUAAGCUUACAAAGAAAUAAUAUGAAUUCAGCACACAAACUAAGGAAAAUUGAAACUCCAAAGUUUAAUCGAAACUCGUUGGUUUCUCCUGUCAAGACAAAAUCAAGUCUAAAAGCAAAUAGAGUAACAUCAAAAAUACAAUUGAAUAAAAAUCAAAUCACACCAAAAAAUUUUGCAUCUAUCGAAAAGAAAUCAGCGAAGAAAUCAUCAACAAAGAAAGUACCAAAUUUCGGAAGAAUACACGAAAAAAUGUUUGCCAAGUCAGAAUCGCUCCUAGAUGCGAAGAAGCGCUUGGAAAGCAGACACUUGGCAUUUACUGCGGAUAAAGCUUUCUCAAAAGUAGAUGUGAAGAAGGAUGAAAAGAAACCAUUACCAACUGACACAAAGGAUGGUACUCACAACAGAUUCGGCUUUAAAUUGAGAAAGGCCGAAGCUACGCAUAUAAUAUUGAAAAAACAAACUGUUUUCUCAAGACAAAAACAACAACAUGAAACACGGAUGAUGCUGAAAGGUGUACGCACAAAUCGACGUUUUGAACUGCAAAUGAAGGCUCGCAAUGUAAAUGCAUAAGUAUCUGUACUUUAUAUAAUAUCUGUAUUUUGAUCUUUAAAUAAUAUAAUUUAAUAUAAAUAUUUUACUCACAAAGUAUAAAAAUAUUUUUAUUAAUUUGUGUAUUAAUAUCAAAACUUUAGAAAGAUUUUCAAGAAAUGCAUUAAGUACACUGCUGUACACUUAACUAAUUUAUAUGAAUGUUCAGGAAAUAUAUUAAAAAUUCAGGAACGUAUGUAUCAUAUACUGUCUUUAUAUUUGUCUUGAAAAGAUUAAAAUAAUUUCUUUUACGUAUGAAAAUAAUUUAUCGAUCUGUAGAAAGAUAUUUGUUAAGUGAAUUUAUAUAG